AUGAUGCCAACAGGGUUCAGAUUCAAUCCCACCGAUGAGGAGCUGAUUGAAAUAUUGGAAAGAAAAGUAUCGGGGCAAGAGAUGCCUGUGCAUGAUACUUUCAUUGUUGAAAGAAAUGUAUAUGAGCUUGAUCCACAGGAUCUUGAAUGGGAUCCAACGGUGGUGUUAUCUGAUAAUGAGAGAUACUGCUAUUAUAUAAGGGCAACCGAUUCCAGAGAAGUAAUGGGUCGAGGAUGGUGGAGAGCUACCGGUCAUGUUAAGAAAAUUUAUGCUGAUAAUGAUAAUAUUGAACAUGUGGUGGGUUACAAGAGGCCUCUCACAUUUGUCAAAUUUACCGAUAAUGAAAGAAAUCGAAAAAAUGCCUUCAAAACUAAUUGGAUUAUGCACGAAUAUAACCUUGACUCCAACACAACGGAAUGGAGACUUUGUAAGAUCAUGUAUAAAGGAAAGUCAAGUGUGAAAGAAGAGGUGGAUCACAAUACUAAGAACGACUACACAUUAAGGAGUACUGAUUUUGAAGUCAGCUGCAACAGUUCAAUAAUAAUGGUGAUGCAACCAAAUUUUAUUGGUGAAGAAGAACAGGAGCAACCAGAGCUAGACAAUUUUUAUGAAUAUGACCCUCAUUCUGAAGCCAUCAGCAGUUCAAUAAUGGUGAUGCAGCCACAAUUCUUAAAGAUAGACAAUCUGUAUGAAACUUUUUCUGAAGUAAGCAGCUCAAUGGACAUGCAGCUUUUACAGCAAUUGCCUCAGAUUUUACAACUGGAUGAUGAAGUGAAUGGAUCUUAUAAUUUUAAGGAAAAUAUGCAAAUGGAAGUGAUGGAUGAUCACCAACAACAACAGCAACAAUCAAAUGCAUCAUAUGAUCCGAUCUUAACUCACAUUACUACUUCGAAUUAUUUCUUCGAUGUAUCGGAUGAACUAUUUCCUAGCCUUUGGUCUUAUUAG